AUGCCUGGUUCACCAGUUCCAACGACGUCGGCGGCGUUUGAGGAACAAGACGCAUCGCAUCGUGUAUCACAUGUGCAAGCUGCAUCAGACAGCGAUCAUGGCCAAGCCAAUCCAAUACUGAGGGCAGCCGUGGCAAGAGAAGCUUCGGAGACAAUGGUACAAGUAGUGAAUGUUGACGGAACACGUAUCUGGGCUCGAGCUUUACUGGAUGGAGGUUCACAGAUCAACAUUGUUACGGAACGAUUGGUACAGCUGUUGAGAGUCCAGAAGAGGAACGAGCAUCAUCUGCUUGGUGGAAUAGGGAAGGCACAGCAUUCGUCUCAUCAUUCUGUGAGCCUUGCUAUCCACUCUCACUGCUCUACCUUCAAGGCAAGCUGGAAGUUCCAUGUGCUGCGAGAAGUGACGUGGGACCAGCCAGCACAUGCAGUCAAUCCGGAAGGAUUGAACCUACCGAAGGGAGUGACGUUGGCGGAUCCUCAUUUCUAUGAGCCAGGGCCAAUUGAUCUACUUAUUGGGCGAGAAGGUUACAACGAUCUACUUUUGGGUAACAUUCUUCGGUUGAAUAGCCCAAAACUACUACUGCAAAACACGGAGCUGGGUUGGAUUGUCUCAGGUCAGGUAAGCCAAGGUCUAACACACUCUUCCUUAGUGCUCAACGUCAUGACGCUGAAUGACCAACUAAGCCGGUUUUGGGAACUGGAAGGCUGCUACUCCCCUGCGAUGUUAUCCGUCGAGGAAGCUGAGUGUGAGGCAGCAUUUGUACAAACAACUUCACGAGACCACGAAGGCCGUUUCGUGGUAGCCUUACCAACGCGUACUGAAAGGCUUAAUCAACUAGGUGACUCUUAUGAAGCUGCAUCACGGCGGCUACAAUCGCUCUGUAGGCGAUUAAAUAUCGACUCGAAAUUGAAGCAGGGAUAUUCUAAAUUCCUACAGGAGUAUCUCGAUCUAGGACACAUGGAAGAAAUUCCAUCUGACCGCCAUGACAUUGGAAAGACAUAUUACAUGCCGCAUCAUUGUGUAGUACGACCCGACAGCCUCACGACUAAGCUAAGAGUCGUAUUUGAUGCAUCCAGUUCUACUGAUACAGGGGUAUCCCUCAACGAUGCACUGAUGGUGGGACCUUCAGUGCAAGAUGAUCUUUUGUCGUUGUUACUCCGAUUUAGAGUACCCAGAUUUGCGAUUUUGGCUGACAUUGAAAAAAUGUAUCGCCAAAUUUGGGUGAAGGAAUCCGAUCGUCCACUUCAACGCAUCCUGUGGAAAGAAUCUGCUGAUGAUAGAAUUCGCAUCUAUCAGCUGAAAACCGUUACGUACGGCACAGCCUGCGCACCUUACUUGGCCACCCGUUGUCUGCAAGCGUUGGCUAAGGAAGGAGAAACAAGAUAUCCCAGGGCAUCCAAGGUCCUCGAGCAAGAUUUUUACAUGGAUGACAUGAUCACCGGUGUGGAAUCUGUUGAAGAUGGCCGGAUUAUUUGCAGCGAAAUAAAUCAGCUUCUACAAUCGGCAGGAUUUCACCUGCGCAAAUGGGCUUCAAACUCGUCUGAGUUACUGGAGCAAAUACCAGCUGAACUACAAAUCGAGGGAGAUGUUUUGAACAUCGAUCGCAGCACAUCCAUCAAGGCUUUAGGUUUAAGAUGGAUGCCAUCAUCGGACCAGCUAGGGUUUAGUGUGCCUGGUUGGAAGGAAUCAGAAAUCAUCACCAAACGCAUUGCGUUAUCAGACGCAGCUAAGUUGUUCGAUCCUCUUGGACUGUUAGGACCAGUCAUUGUAGUAGCAAAGUGUUUCAUGCAGGAGCUCUGGAAGAACGAAAAUACCUGGGAUGAACCUUUGGAGUCUGAACGGCAACAAUUCUGGUUGCGCUUCAGAGAACAACUCGCUGAUCUGACUAGCUUGACAAUUCCACGACGAGCAAUUGGUGGAACAGUGCGAAUUGAAGCUCACGGAUUUAGUGAUGCUUCCCUACGGGCUUAUGGCGCCUGUAUCUACAUACGAGCAGAAUCGUCCGAUGGCCAAGUCUCAGUACGGUUGUUAUGUGCUAAGUCAAAGGUGGCACCGAUACCUAAUACCAAACGGAAGAAAAACGUGUCCCUUCCACGGCUCGAGUUGUCGGGAGCGUUGUUACUAUCACACUUAUGGCAGAAGGUGAAGCAAGGGGUGAAAUUGGAGCUUAAAAUCAACUUCUGGGUUGAUUCGACGAUAGUUCUUCAUUGGCUUUCAAGCAGUCCUUCCCGUUGGAAACAGUUCGUUGCGAACCGAGUUGCGGAAAUCCAGCACCAAACCUACAAGAUGCCUUGGAGUUAUGUGGCCAGCGAGCACAAUCCAGCUGACAUUAUUUCCAGGGGAAUGAUGCCUUUGCAGCUCAUGGAUUCCCAACUUUGGUGGCAAGGGCCCUCAUGGUUGCAUUUUCCAAGUCAAGCUUGGCCUACGAACAAACCCAAUACUGAAAUUUCCUCGGAAGAUUUGGAAGAGCGAUCGAUUGUAGCCACAUCUCAACAGGUACCGCCAAAUUUUCUAUUCGAUCUUUUUUCAUCUUACGAAAAAUUGGUGCGACUUACGGCAUAUCUGCUGCGAUUCAUGUACAAUUGUCAACCGACACACCGCGGAAAUCUACGAAAGGGGUUUCUAAAAAUAGAUGAAUUAGUGUCAGCGUCUCUAACGCUCGUUCGUCUGGCCCAACAAGAAACCUUUGCUGAGGAGCUUCGGGAUGUUCGUCAAACUGGAGCGGUCAAGCCGAACUCAAAACUGAAAACGCUAACACCUAUUCUGAAAGAGGGUAUCCUACGUGUGGGUGGUCGUUUGCGAAACGCGCCUGUUUCGUAUGAACGCAAACAUCCGAUAAUUUUAGCGUUUUCUCACCCAUUGACCCUACUGAUUGCGCGUUCUUAUCAUCGACAAUAUCUGCAUGCGGGACAACAAGAGCUCAUAUCUAGCCUGCGUGAGAGAUUCUGGCCCCUUCGCGUACGCAACCUGGCACGAAAGGUCGUAUAUGAGUGUGUAAGUUGUUUCCGAUCCAAACCAACAACGGCAGAGCAAAUCAUGGGAGAUUUGCCCAGAGAACGCGUAAACCCAGUUCUCCCAUUCUACAACACUGGUGUGGAUCUGUGUGGUCCAUUAUUCUAUAGACAAACCAACAAGAAGGCUGCUCCAAUCAAAUGCUAUGUUGCUGUUUUCGUCUGUCUUGUGAUCAAGGCAGUACAUGUGGAGCUUAUUGCCGAUUUGUCUACUCCAGCCUUCAUUUCUACAUUGAAGCGUUUCAUAGCUCGUCGCGGUAAACCAUCCGUAAUCCAGUGCGACAACGCCAAAAAUUUCCGGGGAGCUGAUCGAGCGCUCAAGGAGAUGUAUGAGCUGUUCCAGAAACAACAACAUCAGGAUGCUGUUACAACUUACUGCGGAACGGAAGGGAUCACCUUCAACUUCAUCCCUCCGCGGUCACCCCAUUUCGGUGGGAUCUGGGAGGCCGCAGUGAAGUCGCUGAAACGGCAUCUCAAGGCUACGAUAGGAUCCAGUAUCUUGCGGCGAGACGACCUGGAAACUAUCUUAGUUCAAGUGGAGGCUUGUUUGAACUCGCGACCGUUAACUGCACUUUCCAACGAUCCAGAGGACCUGGAAAUUCUGACACCGGGUCAUUUUUUGAUUCAACGGGCGCUUACAUCGGUCCUUGAGCCAUCUUAUGCUGAGAUUCCAGGCAACCGCCUGGACCGCUAUCAACAAUUGCAGGAGUAUGUUCGGCGGAUUUGGAAGCGAUGGAAUCGAGACUACUUGUCUGGUUUGCAUCCGCGUACCCGGUGGACUUCAAGGCGAGACAACGUUCGGGAGGGCACUAUGGUCCUGCUGAAGGAGGACAACCUUCCCCCUCUCAAAUGGCGCUUCGGCCGAGUGCUGAAGAUUUAUCCUGGUGAUGACGGCUUGGUUCGAGUGGUUGAUGUGAAAACGAAGGAUGGAAUUUACAGAAGAGCCAUCACCAAGAUCUGCAUACUGCCCGGACAGAAGGAAGAAAGAGAGGUUUCGUAA